CGUGUGCGGUCGCUUAACACACACGAAAUCAAAUAUAAAUAAAAGUCGAGAAACGAAACGAAACGAAAAGAAACGAAAACGUGCGUGGUUUGAAAUUUCUUUAUUUAGGCGCGACUUGUUGACAGUUUGAAUUAUGUGGCAAGUGGUCGCGAGUGGUGGCGAGAAAUAGAAAUAGAUGAAUAGUUUAAAAGCAAAGUUUAUGCAUGUGAUUAACAUAAUUAAUAAGUGUAGUGUAACAGGAAAUACCAGAAGAACUCUAAACGAAAAAUCUCAACUAACGGCGCAUACAAGAGACGACGACGACGACGACACCGUUUAGUUCGAUUCUCAUUAAGUUUUCAGUGCAUAAAAUUGCAUAAAAGCAAGUCAGACGACAAGAAGAAGAAGAUGCUGCUGAUCCACUUACAUCACUGGCCAUUAGCGUUGGCUAUCGCUUCCUGCAUUGUUGCCGCCUCAACACCAACUAAAACAACAGCAACAACAACAGCAGCGACAGCAGCAGCAUCCUCCAUACCAGGCAAAUAUCAAGCCUAUGGCAGUCAACAUCAGCCCAAGAAACUGCGACUGACUGGAGCUGGAGCUGGUGGGAACGACACUGUCAAUAAACCAGUAUACCGACAAAAUCCGAUCAAGAAUUGGUUUGGUGUCUUUAAUCGCAAUAAUUCGCCGACAGCUCAUAACCAAACAGCGCCGACAUGUUCCUGCAGAUGCGGCGAGCGCAAUGACGAGUCUCGCAUUGUUGGUGGCACCACCACGGGCGUCAGCGAGUAUCCCUGGAUGGCUCGGCUGAGCUACUUCAAUCGCUUCUACUGCGGCGGCACGCUGAUCAACGAUCGCUACGUGCUGACGGCGGCGCAUUGCGUCAAAGGCUUCAUGUGGUUCAUGAUCAAGGUGACCUUCGGUGAGCACGAUCGCUGCAACGACAAGGAGCGUCCCGAGACGCGCUUUGUGCUGCGCGCCUUUAGCCAAAAGUUCAGCUUCUCCAACUUUGACAACGACAUUGCGCUGCUGCGUCUGAACGAUCGCGUGCCCAUCACCAGCUUCAUACGUCCGAUUUGUCUGCCGCGUGUGGAGCAGCGCAACGAUUUGUUUGUGGGCACACGCGCCAUUGCCACAGGCUGGGGCACGCUCAAAGAGGAUGGCAAACCGAGCUGCCUGCUGCAAGAAGUGGAGGUGCCAGUGCUGGACAACGACGAGUGCGUGGCCCAGACGAACUACACACAGAAAAUGAUUACAAAGAACAUGAUGUGCUCCGGCUAUCCCGGCGUGGGUGGUCGCGACAGCUGCCAGGGCGACUCGGGUGGUCCGCUGGUGCGUCUGCGUCCCGACGACAAGCGCUUCGAGCAGAUCGGCAUCGUCUCCUGGGGCAAUGGCUGUGCGCGUCCCAAUUAUCCUGGUGUCUACACCAGAGUGACCAAAUAUCUGGACUGGAUUGUGGAGAACUCGCGGGAUGGCUGCUUCUGCGACGAGGACUACUAAGUCUCUAACUAACGCUAGUUGUACUUUUACUUUUUGUACUUUUAUAUCAAAACAAAAAAUAUGC